AUGUCUCUAGUUGGACCUGCAGAACUCUCUGCCACAUCUUACGGAAAUCAUAAGCUGUACUCACUCAAGGGGAGCAAUGAAAACUCUGGUUUGUCUGCCCAAAUAUUUGGCCCUGGUAAACGUCAGAACAUGUAUAUGACCGAUUCUUACUCUUGUGAGAGUUAUGAGAAGUACUUCCUUGAUUCUCCAACUGAAGAACUAAUACAACCAUCAAGUUCUGGCAUUUCAGGGAAUUCAGCUCAUCCACAAGGCGCAUCCUCCUGCCAGCCAAGAAAGAGUUCAGGUUCAUCCAUGUCCCCUCAAGAUCCCUACAAUGCUUCUUUCACUUUGACGACACCCUGCGAUGGCUAUCAAUUCAACUCCGAGCCUGAUUACUUGGACAUUGAGAGCCCUGAUCCACUAGACUACGAUGAAUAUAAGAUGAAGUUAAAGCUUCAGGAAAUUGAGAGAGCACUUCUAGAUGAUACUGAAGAGGAUGACGAGGAUGGCAUGUUUGGAAAUAGUCACAGCAUGGAAAUGGAUGGAGAGUGCUCUGACCCAAUCCAGAAUGGGAUGCUCCAUGAUUCUCCCAAGGAGUCAUCAUCUUCAGAUUCUAACCUAAGUAGCAUCAGCAGUAAUAAAGAAGUGUCACAGUUACCUCCUCAGACUCCCAGGCUAUUGCUUUUUGAAUGUGCUAAUGCAAUCUCGGAAGAGAACAUAGAGAAAGCAUCGGCUUUAAUAAACGAGCUCCGUCAAUUAGUCUCGAUUCAAGGAGAUCCUCCACAGAGGAUUGCAGCCUACAUGGUGGAAGGUCUUGCAGCUCGUAUGGCUCAAUCUGGAAAAUAUCUCUAUAAAGCCCUGAAAUGCAAGGAGCCUCCUUCUUCUGACAGGCUUGCAGCUAUGCAGAUCCUUUUUGAGAUUUGCCCUUGUUUUAAAUUUGGAUUUAUGGCAGCAAAUGGUGCAAUGAUCGAAGCAUUUAAAGGUGAAAGGAGAGUUCAUAUAAUAGAUUUUGACAUAAACCAAGGGAGUCAAUACAUAACACUGAUACAAACACUUGCCAACCAGCCCGGCAAGCUGCCACGCUUGAGGUUAACGGGGAUCGAUGACCCCGAUUCAGUUCAACGCCCUGUUGGUGGCCUUAAGAUCAUUGGGCAAAGGCUUGAAAAGCUAGCAGAAGCACUUAGGGUCCCAUUUGAGUUUCAUGCGGUGCCCUCCAGGACUUCAGUUAUCAGUCCAUCAAUGCUGAACUGCAAGCCUGGGGAAGCACUUGUAGUGAAUUUUGCUUUCCAACUCCACCACAUGCCUGAUGAGAGUGUUUCAACAGUAAACGAGCGAGACCAGCUUCUUCGGAUGGCUAAGAGCUUGAAUCCAAAACUAGUAACUGUUGUUGAGCAAGAUGUGAAUACCAAUACCGCCCCCUUUUUCCCGAGAUUUACUGAAGCUUACAACUAUUACUCUGCUGUGUUUGACUCCCUCGAUGCAACUCUCCCACGAGAGAGCCAGGACAGACUGAAUGUUGAGAAACAAUGCCUGGCACGGGACAUAGUAAACAUAGUAGCAUGUGAGGGAGAGGAAAGGAUUGAGCGGUAUGAAGUUGCAGGGAAAUGGAGAGCAAGGAUGAUGAUGGCAGGCUUCACUUCGUGUUCAAUCAGUCCUGGCGUUGUUGAUAUGAUUAAGAAACUCAUAAAGCAGUAUUGCGAUAGAUACAUGUUGAAGGAGGAAGUGGGUGCACUUCAUUUUGGGUGGGAAGACAAAAGUUUGAUUGUUGCUUCAGCAUGGAAGUAA